AGGAAGGGUAGACUGUGGGAUAGCAUGGAGUCCUCCCUCCCCCCAUGGUGAGAGUUGUCUUUGAGGCCUUACUUGCAACUAGCUAAAAGGUUUGAAUAGACCUGCAGUAAUGAAUCUUAAUCAACUUUUUUUUUUUGAAUUCUUUAUUGGGGGAUUAAUGGCUUACAGUCGACAAUAAAAUAUAAUAGUUUGCACAUGCAUAACAUUUCUCAGUUUUCCACAUAACAAUUCAACCCCCACUAAGUCCUUUUUUGCCAUCAUGUUCCAGGACAUGAACCUUCCCCCCCACUCCCAACCCCAGAGUCUUUUACUUUUGUGCAAUACUUACUCAACUUUUAACUAGAUCCAGCUCUUCUCAAAUGGGUAUGUCCUUUAAGGGCUUUGUUUAUUUUUCUUUCUCUUAUGUAUUACUAUUAGCAGCUGCAAAGCCGGUGGCCAUUCUACCUGGAUAGAGUCUUCCUGCUUGAAUCUGUCAUCUGGACUGUGCCCACCACACUCUUGGUCUUCGGCUGAGCUCCUGGGCACUGUUAACCCAGCAGCCUCGGUCAGAAGCCACACAGCACCAGAGGAGCAGCCAGCGGGCGUGAGAGGCACUGCUUGGGAAUGUUGGGGUUGCUGCAAUAGGAGAUGCACUCUCCCAAGCUCCUGCCCAGACCCAGCACCAUGUGUCUCCUCUGGCUACUGCUGCUCGAGACUUCAGUUUCCUUUGCCUCGCUUGACUGGUUCUUUGAGCACCCCAGAACCCUCUAUUCCUGGAAGGGGGCCUGCGUCUGGAUUCCCUGCAGCUACAGAAUCCCAAGGCUACAAGGCACGUUGGAAAAUCUCACCCUGUACCACAAUUACACCUACAACCAAACCCAGAAGGAAUACAUGGGGACCAUCCUCUACCAGGUUUCUAGCUUCCCGAGAGGCAGAAGUAUUAGCAACGGGCGAGUCCAGUUCCUGGGAGACAACAAAAGUAACUGCACCCUGAGCAUCCAGCCCGUGACUGUGCAGGACAGCGGGGUACUGGGGCUGAGGAUGAGAACCAUUAGUGACAAGUGGCUGGAGAACAUCUACCUCAACAUCUCAGAAAGUGCUCCUAUGCCUCGCAUCCAGCUCCCUGCAGAAAUGCAGGAGUCCCAGCAGGUUACUCUGAUCUGCUCCCUGGAUGUCGCCUGCUGGGGGUACCAACUGCAUUGGGCCCUGCCUGACACCCUGUAUUCCUCCUUGGAGAGGGAGCCUGUGCCUGUAACCUCCUUGACUCCCAAGGCUGUCUCCAUGGAGAACAAGGUUCAGUUCAGGCCUCAGUGGAUGCACCAUGGCAAGAAGCUGACCUGCCAACUCCGGGAGAGCCAGGAAGGUCCUGCACUGUCUGAGGCCACUGUGUCACUGGACGUAAAGCAUAAACCCAAGCUGGAAGUGGAGGUCAGCCCCAGAGAUGCUGUUGUCAUGAAGGGGGAAACCGUGACCAUGACGUGCCAUGUCCUCAGCAGCAACCCAGAGCUCUUGUCCCUAUGGUGGCUCAAGGAUGGGCAGGAGAAGCUGAGGGGGACGGACAGGCCAAGGGGGCAGGAGAGGCCGAGGGGACAGGAGCAAGGACCGAUCAUGCUGACUCUGUGGAAAGUGACCAAGGAGAAGAGUGGGAAAUACGUUUGCCAGGCCAGCAACACCCUGGGCGUGGGGAAGUCGAAGGAAGUGAACCUCCAAGUGCACUAUGCUCCAGAACCUUCUCAGGUUCGAAUCCAGCCCUCACCGGCUAGAGAGAACAGCCCAGUUGUGCUGACUUGUGUGUCCCAGGCCAAUCCUCCCCCUACAAACUACAUCUGGUACCACAAUCAGCUAGAAGUGGUGGGGACAGCCCAGGCCCUCCGCAUCCCGAUGGUCCUCCUCAGCCAUGCUGGGAAUUAUUCCUGUGUGGCAGAAAACAGUCUCGGGCCUGGACAAGUUGGCCAGGAAGCUCAGCUGGACGUCCAGUAUGCCCCCAAGGAUGUGGCCAUGGUGAUCAAGAAUCCCACACCAAUCCGAGAGGGGGACACUGUCAUCCUGUCCUGUAGCUAUAACUCCAGUAACCCUGUGGUUACCCGGUACGAGUGGAAUGCCCCAGGCUCCUCAGAAUAUCUCUCCUCCGGGGUGCUGAAGAUUCAGGGAGUUGCCUGGAAUUUGGGGUCCGUCUCCUGUGCAGCCUGCAACCAGUGGUGCUCCUGGGCUCCAUUUGUCAGCUUGAAUGUCCACUAUAUCCCCAGAGACGUCAAGGUCACAGUCAUGCCUGACUCUGAGAUCCACUCUGGGCACCGUGUCAUCCUCAGCUGUGGCUUCUCCAGCAGCCGCCCUGCCAAGGUCCACUUCUCCUGGAGGAAAGAUGGUGUCCUUCUGCGGGGAGGCCGGGAGCUGAGCUUCAACGCCAUCACUCCAGAAGACUCUGGAAGCUAUGCCUGCUUGGUCAACAACUCUGUAGGGCAGGCUGUGUCAGAGGCCAGGAUGCUCCAAGUGCUGUAUGCGCCCCGGAGGGUUCGAGUGUCCAUCAGAUCCAAAGAAAGGGUGACGGAGGGGGAGCAGGUCGUGCUGACAUGUGAGAGUGACGCCAACCCUCCUGCAUCCCACUACGCCUGGUUUGACCAGAACAACCAGGACCUUCUGCACUACGAUCAGACGCUGAGGCUGGAGCCCGUGGCAGUGGAGCACUCGGGGGCCUACUGGUGUAAGGGGGUCAACCGACUGGGCAGCAACCACUCGUCUGCCAGUACCCUUACCGUCUACUAUAGCUCCAAGACCAUCGGCAGACGGGCGGCCUUGGGACUUGGGGUGUGUCUGGCCGUGGCCCUGCUGGCAAUCGGGGGACACAAGCUUGUGCAAAGCUGGAAGAGGACUCAGAGCCAGCAGAGACUUCAGGAAACAUCCAGUGGGCAGAGCUUCUUUGUGAGGAAGAAGAAGGUGAGAAGGCCCCCUGUUGAGGAAGCUCCCCAGUUCCUGGGCUGCUACAACCCAGUGAUGGAAGAUGCCACCAGCUACGCAGUCUUGCGCUUUCCAGACACAACAAGGACAGGAGAUGCAGGGACCUCCCAGGCGCAGGGACCCUCCCCAGACUGGGACAAGGACACUGUGGUCACUUACUCUGUGGUGAAGAAGAGGCAGGUGGGCGACUAUGAAAACGUGCCUCGGGAGGUUCCGGAAGAUGAGGGGCUUCACUACUCAGAGCUGGUGCAUUUUGGAGUGGGGGAGCGUGCCCCAGCCCAGCAGGAAGUGGAAUACGUGACCCUCAAGCACUGAUCCAGGGGCUGGUCCUGGAGCUCCCACUGCUCAGCUGCUAUGGGGUGGAGCUGCCUGCCCUGCCAGUCAUUGCACCUCAUCUCAUCAGAGAACUAGGGGUGUGGCCCAGAGACUGUCUUCCUUCUCAGUCCGGUCACCCUAACUGUCCAAAAGGUCUGUCCCUCCUAAUCCGUUUCCCCAGCAAUGACUCUUCUAAGCUCCUGCCCUGUGCUGUACAGCACUCCCCCCAACUGCCAAGCUGGCUAUGCCCAAUUCUCCUUUUUCUUCCCCACCCCCUUGGUCCAGCUCACACAUUCCUGCUUCUGGGGUGAAGCUGUGCCAGAGAAAGGGGGAGGAAUGAGCCUGUGCUGACUUCUCUCAGUGUCCUUGAGGCUCCCCCUGGAGGGGCUGGUGCAUCCACAGCCCCCAUCCUCAUGGGUCUCGAGGUCUGAGGCACAUGAUUGUGUGGCCAGGCAUGGAACAGACAGAGCUGCAUGAUAAAGAUGGCUCAGACCCCACUGCAGAGAGCCAGGGAGCCAUUUCUCCUGUCAGCCAAGUCAGCAUGAGGACAGGCAGGUGGUGGAGAGGGACAAGAAUCCUGUAGACAGUAUGACUGAAUCUGCAGAUGGGGUAUUGGAGAGAGCACUCACUGAAGAGGAUGGUGCAUUGCCUCAUACAUGCCCAUAUUUCAGCCCUGGCACCUCAUGGGAGGUGCCAUGGCAACAGGAGAAGCCCCAGUGCCAUGGUGUCUCUCCCUGUCUGCCUGAGUGAAGGAGCAGUCCGAGAGCAUGUACAAGGUCCCAGCUCCCCUCACUCCGUCCCUACAAACUCUGCAGAGUGGAUGGUCCCUGGUCCUCUUGCAGGGGGCUCUGCCUCUGAGGCAGCUGAAUGGGAUUUGAACCUUGACUCUUCUGCUUUACUUGCGAUUUAGGGGUAAAGAGCACCAGCUCAUCUGA